AUGGGCAUUCCUUUGGUGCGCCUCCCAGUUGAUGGUCAGAAUGUUCUGUGGGCAUCUAUCGAGGGUCAGCUAUGGCCACUACUUGACCGACUACCUAUUAAUUGGGGUACCUUUGGGAUAUAUUCUCGUCGCGGCUGGCUAUUUAAGGAUAACGGCGACUCCCAUCGCCGAUACGGUCCAAUUUGGGCAUUGGUUACCCCUAUUGGCAUUUAUGUCCAGGUUGCUGAUCCUGGUGCCAUCAAUGAGGUAUUUCAAAGGCGAACUGACUUCAUUCGCCCGGUUGAAAUGUACAAGGUUUUAGAGGUCUACGGGCCAUGUAUCUCAACAGCGACCUGGGCAGAAUGGCCACGCCACCGAAAGGUUCUCGCCACGCCGUUUAACGAGAAGAUCAUGUCAUUUGUUUGGGAUGAGAGUGUUGAGCAGACGCGUCAGCUUCUGGAGGCCUGGGCUGACGAUCAAGUUUCGAGCGUUGCUAAAGACACUCGAAAUCUAUCAUUAAACGUCCUUGCCGCUACGGGGUUUCGGAAGUCAUAUCGCUUCCAUAGUGCGAAUCAUUCGCAUGAAAAGGAGACAAAUGAAUCGAGUGGCUACCGCGAUGCCUUGCAGACGGUACUUGAUAAUUGUAUUCUGUUGAUGGUUGCGCCACGAAGGUUAUUGACUUUGUCAUUUGCUCCUCAGUCCUGGAAGAAUCUUGCAAAGGCUGCAGACAAAUUCAAACAGUAUAUGGUCGAUAUGCUUGAUGAAGAAACCAAAGCGCUGAAACAUGGAAAAACUGGCUCCGGAAGCAUUAUGACGUCCUUUGUACGCGCCAUGGAUCUUAAUCAGGCAGAAGCCGUGUCAGGCGAGAAUGCGACUAGCGGCUCGAUGUCAAAAGGUCUAACAGUGGAUGAAAUUUUGGGCAAUAUCUUUGCUAUCAACUUCGCGGGUCAUGAUACAACAGCCAACACCCUCAGCUUUGCUACAUACCUUCUAGCAGCCCAUCCUGAGGUUCAGGACUGGGUGUCUGAAGAACUUCAGUCUGUUGCAGUCACACCCGGCAACUAUAAGGACAUAUUUCCUCGCCUCAGUCGCUGUAAAGCAGUUUUGCUUGAAACUCUCCGUUUGUUCCCGCCGAUUCCAUCCCUACCAAAAUGGACCAGUGACCAGCCCCAGCUGCUAAAGGUUGGUCAGAGGACAUUCACCAUCCUUCCCGACAUAGGAAUAAAUCCUAGUCUCCUCGCCAUGCAAGUAGAUCCCCAAUACUGGGAGGAUUCAUUUGUGUGGCAGCCAUCGCGCUGGAUACAGACAUCUUCGAACACGUCCACAGUUGGCAAUGAACAACUCGUUACCCCGCUCCCUAACACCUAUUUCCCCUGGUCGGAUGGGCCGCAGAACUGCCCAGGAGCCAAAUUUUCUCAAGUGGAGUUCGUAGCAGUCGUGUGUAUGCUACUGAAGAACCAUCGAAUCCAUCCUAUCGCAACCUCCGGGGAGACGCAAGAGCAGUUACGGAAUAGGAUUUGGGACGCAGUCAGGGACGUAGAUAUGGUGCUUCUCUUACGAAUGAAGGACUCUCAUCGAGUGCAAUUGCGAUGCGACCGUGUUUGA